AUGUUUCGCUUGCUUCCCUGGCCCUCUGCAAUAGGAGGGAAUAAGGUGAUGGAAGAGGUCAAGAUGCUGGCCCCCAACUGCACUGCAAUCAAUACCCUACCACUGCCCCAGCUAAAGCGCAAACGCUCCGAUUCGGACGCGACCGAUGCGCCCGCCCCGACGAAAGUCUGCGCGGAUUCGCUUUCUACGCGCUCAAUCCCGACCGUGCCAACUGAACCAGUCGCGUCCACGUCAACUGAAUCCUCGUCAAAUCCACCGGUCGCGUCCGCGUGUCCGUCGGCGCAGGACGCCGUCGCCGCUGGACCUAGUGUGACUCUACUUCGCGAGACCAUCACCGCUCAACUGAGCUUGGAAGUGCUGCUCAAGCACAAUGAACUUCGUCUCAUUGAUCAGGAGAUUGCCAAGUGUCAAGUCGCUCUGGAACAGCUGCGACGCUGUGGCGAAAUCCCCUACCCUGGAUCCCGUGUCGCUGGUAUCUCAUCCGACGUGAGCUCUGGCACUGGCGCCUCGUUGCUGGCACCUGGAAAUGGUCCGGCACCGAUGUCGCCCGCGCCGUGGGGAGUGACAGAAGGUCCGUAUGCACGCCACUAUGCUCGGUGGUUGCUGCCCGAUCCACGCUUUGACGGCGGAGAGUCCGAUUCUCGGAUGGCCAACUCGCUGGUUGAGGGUCGCUCCACGCGUGGUAAUCCUGGUGAUAUGGGCAUGUUGGCCGGCAAGAUGCGUCCUCAACGAGGCUCAACCGGUACCAAGCAUACAUCGUUGUCGAGUGGUUAUCCCGUGGUCAAGGAGAAAUCCGGGCCGAUGCUCAUCCGGCGCAAGUCGGACGGUGUUCUGGUCAAGCUGGUCUGUCUGGACUGCCGGCGCGACAACUUCUCCAGCACCCAGGGGUUCAUCAAUCACUGUCGCAUUGCGCACAACCGAAACUUUGCCAGCCACGAUGCCGCUGCCAUGGCAUGUGGUCAAUCUGUUCAGGUGGACGACGCUGGCAUUGUCGUCGGCGGCUCUGCGGAACCUACUGCCAACCCGACCACUCCGGGCUUUGUGCAUCCUCUGAAUCGGUCGGACCAUGUUGCUACUACGCCUUGGAAGCGUCUCCGUACGCUCGCCAAGGACUCUGCCACACCUUGCAAGCCAACUGCGGCGACCACACCCGCCGUUGCCACUCCUCCCACCUCUGCCGAACCAGCUUCCCAAAGACGUUCUAAGCCUGUCGCCCUGCCUCCAAACCCGCGAUUCCUGGCUUCUCCCGCGACUCCUCAUCUUUCAGCUCUCAUGAAAUCCCGUGGCGCUGGUCUGAAUAUGGACAAGUUGGUGGAAGAAUCCCGAAGGCCUGUUGAUCUUAGCAGUAUCUUCAGUGAUGACUCGGAAACCGAUGAUUCUCGCCGCUCCUCGACGGAGACCAGCCAGGCCACAAUCGGUGCUCGCGCCGGUCGCCAGCCAAUGCGUAUGCCUGUUGGUCAAGCUGCUGCAGAGCCAGAGAGCCGAAAGGACUUCGGCCGAGCACAUAGCCCGACCAUGGAGCAAGCUACCCCGUCGCGCCCACAAUCUUACCUGGACCUUUCACUCGCAGGGCAGUCUCAGUCAUUUCAGUCUCGGGACUCGGACAGUCUGGAACAUCAAACUCUCAGCCCUCACGCGAUCGAAUCUAACCAAGCUCCUAGUCUGGUCAGUGACGACGAGGAUGACUACGAAGCGGCCUCCGACUCCGACAGUCCUUCCUCGUCCGAGGCAGAUGAAGAAGAACAAGAGUUCCGACACAUCCACGUUGAAGACGACGAGCGUGCCGCGGCUCCCUCGGCUGCUGCUGACGCUAAGUCAAGCUCUUCUCUUGCGAGCCCCGCCCCACAAUCUGCGCAGCACUUGUCUCAGCCAUUGAAGCGCAAUCGCCCCAAGAAAAUAUCCUCCAUGGUCCCGUUCAGUGACAAGGAUAGCCAUCGCGUGGGCUAUAUCCAGUCCGAUGAUACUGCCACUCAGGCCAAACGCACCCCCGAGCGCCAGCUCCAUCCAUCCAAGCGUUGA